UUGUUCAGGUGGUAAUUGUUGGUCCAUACCUGGCUAUCCUUCUCUUUCUUUUCUUGAUACCUCUGGGGAUGUACUCUCCUUGCAUCAGAGAGAUGGGCACGCUUGGACCAAAACCAGCUCUCAUUGGACACCGUGGAGCACCAAUGCUGGCCCCGGAAAACACUGAAAUGUCAUUUCAGAAGACAAUUGAACAUGGUGGAGAUGGUCUUGAAACAGAUGUUACCAUUAGCUAUGAUGGGGUUCCUUUCCUCAUGCAUGACAGCACCUUGAGGAGGACAACUAACAUCGAGGAGGUCUACCCCAAUGAAACUACUCAAAAUGCAGCGUUAUUCUCCUGGCAUACCCUGAAGGAGUUGAAUGCUGGAACAUGGUUCCUUAAGAACAAACCAUUUGCAUGCAUGGGCUCGCUGUCAAGGGCAGAGCGAAACCAGGCAAUGAAUCAGUCAAUUUACAAGCUAAGUAAUUUCUUGCGCCUCGCAGACAGUCAGAAUAAACUUGUGAUAUUUGAUCUCUACCGCCCUCCAGAGAAACAUCCUUACAGGAACUCAUGGAUCAACAGAACCCUGGAAGUCAUCCUCAACGAGUCGGGGAUUAGACCGCAUCUGGUCCUAUGGCUGGAGGACGACAUGAGGUCCUUUGUUCAGUCUGUUGCUCCUGGGUUUCAGCAGACAAUGGGCAGUAAGGCCCCAGUGGACGACCUAUUGAUGGACAAUAUUGUCAAACUCAAUCUUGCCUACACCGAAAUGUCCAGUGAAGAUAUCCGGAAAUACGCUGAGGCAAACAUCACCACCAACCUCUAUGUGAUCGACGAGCCAUGGCUUUUCUCCUUAGCAUGGUGCUCUGGGGCACACUCUGUGACCACCAAUGCCGUCCACAAGCUGAAGAAUCUCAGCCAGCCACUCUUCCUCAUGACUCCGCAGCAGUACAACAUCAUGUGGAUCCUGACAGAUCUGACCUCUGUGCUCCUCAUCUCACUCAUCUUUGCUCUGCACUGGUGGCGUGAGCGGAGUUUCUCCUGCUGUGCCCAUGACAGUGGCCCGAUGCUGGAGAGCGGCACCUACAACAAGUUCAGGACAGAGCUCAGCGACAUGCCUGCCGUCAUGGCCUGA